CUGCCAGCCCAGCCCAGGCUGGCCCAGCUUAGCCCCACAUGCGCCAUGAAGUACCCUUUGAUGCCGCUGGUGAAUGACCUCACAUUUUCUUUCCUGGUUUUCUGGUUCUGCCUCCCUCUGGGUUUGCUGUUGUUCUUAUUGAUCAUCUGGCUACGCUUCUUACUUAGCCAAGGCCAUGUAUCAGAAAGGAUCCGGCUUCUUCGGGAGACAGGCUCAUGGAAGCCAGCUGACAUUGAUUCUGACCUCAGCAUGCCAUCAAGAGGAGCAAGAGAUUCAGAGGAAAAUGACUCCGAUGUAUGCUUGGAUUGGGAGCCCUGGAGCAAAGGCCCAGCCGAGUUUUGCUGGAAGGGGACAUUCCACGGCCAAGAGAAGGCGAGGCCCUGCUGUGUGGUUUUCCUGGAGUCAGCAGGGCAGUGGCAAUGGCAGAAGUGGAUAGGAGAGAUUUGCCAGGGAGGCAAGAGGACUUUGGCAACUGCAGUGCCUCCCUGGAACUCCCAACUCAUCUCCUCUUCAGACCGACAUGUGAAAGCCUCCAGAGGACCCAGCCCUUCUCCAGCAUCACAGAUGACCUCCAGCCCUGCAGGGAGCCGCUCAAGUCUGAGAGGGCAUGGGAGCAGUGAGCAGGCCCAUGGGGAGAAAUUGGCCAAUUUAAUUCAGAGGGAUCUUAAAGCAGGGCUGGGCCGGAGGGUGUGGGUCCAUAUUAAAGAAGCGAGGGUCUUCCCAUGCCCGGGGGACCCCUGACAAACCUA